AUGAGUGAGAUCGUAUCAGGGAAGGUGUUAGUACGUAGGUAUCGUAAAUGCAGGAAACACCCCAAAGAGGAUGAGGAGUGCUUCUGUUCCGACUGCAGGAGAUUUGCCUGCUUCAGGUGUGUUGUCAUGGAGCAUACAAACGAAGGACAUCGGGUCAUCGAGGCGACUGUUUAUGAAAGCAACCAUAUGAAGAGUAUCGAGGACCUCAAAUCCAAGGCGGACAAGAAACGUUCUUGCUUUCAGAAAUACGUUGAUUUCAUUGAUGAACAGAAGGAGCAUGUGAGCAAUGUUCAAAAGCAGUGUACAGAUGAUAUCCACAAAGCAUAUGAAGAAUCAGUCCGACAGCUGACAGAGCAGAAAGAAAACCUCGUUGGUGAAGUCAAGGGUAGGACUGAAGGAGUGGAGAAAGAAUUGGACGAAAUGAAGAAAUCAGCUCUGGAGCAAAUCACUCACUUGACCAUCAUAGCUGACGUGGUAACCAAUAGGACAAAAGUACCGUCAGAUAUGGAUGCUUUGGCUGCACACGACACUCUAUGUCAAGACUUACAUGAGGCCUUGAAACAAGAAGAUCCUGACUACAAGCAGCCGAUGCAAUCGAGCAAGAAAGGAAAAAGUGUCAGUUUUAAGGGGAACGUUGGAAUGGAUGAGAUAGCUCUCGGUAAUAUCGUAAAUGCAGUUACAAAGAACAUCACUAAUUUGCCUACUAAAAAAAGCAUGAGUGACUUGGUUGGUACACCAGACGGUAAGAUGGCAGUGGGAUGUACGACAGGGGGCGUGGAGAUCUUCUCUGCUGAUGGCCAGCUCCAGCAGACGUUUCUCCAAGAAGUGAAGAUUCGUGGAGUAGGGUUCCUCUCUGAUGAUCGGUAUGUUAUACUUGAUGUCUCUAACAAUAUCACACUGUACACACUAGAGUACACAAAAUUGAAUGUAAUGUUUGAGACUCUGAGUCGCGAUGAAUGUGAAAGUGCUAGCCUAACUGUAGACGGUGAUGAUCAGAUCUAUGUUAGCUACUGGGAAAUUCGAAAGAUCCAGGUAUUCUCACCAGCAGGUGGAAAGGCAAUCAGUGAGAUACCAUGUGAUGGGUAUCAACCUGGGCAGAUCACUAACUGUAACGAUCACCUGAUCUCCGAUUCUUAUUAUAAAAUACGAUUGAUUGACAAACAAGGUGUUGUAAAAUAUGAAUUGGCGAAAUUCAGGAAUUACCUAAUCGCUGCUGUGUCUCAAAGGAAUACAAUCCUGAUAGCCACACAGAAACCAUUUGAAAGUUUGGUCAACAUCGAUGAGUACACUAACGAGCUGAAGCAUGUCCAGAACCUCGUCAUUGAUUACAAGAUUGAAAGACACGGGAUAUAUUGGCACCAGCUCCAGCAGUACCGAUCUGGAGAGAUCGCUUUCUGCACUCCUGAUAGACUCUAUAUAUUCCACUGA